GAUCGCGCAAUACGUUUUCGAUAUUGUGUACUAGUAGUUCGCAAUAAUAUUCAUACGAGAUUUAUGUUUAAAUGCAUUGGAUUUCACUAUACAAAAGAUGAUACGCAUUACGCAGAUGCUUAUAUUCUUGGGAGCAAUAACCUUAAUAUUUGUCACUGGAGUUGCUUCUUCCACUGACGAGAAUUUAUCUCGGACAUCGCAGUGUAUACAACCGAUAAAUUAUACUAUUUCUUUAGAAAAACAAAACACUUUUCUUACCAUCAAUUCUACGGUUGUGCUAACCGUGUCAUGUGAACAAAAAGACAUACGAUUACAAAUCGGACGGUAUUGUUAUAUACAUACUCUGUUUGUUGAAACUGAAAUUCUGUAUGACUAUAUAUCACAUUGGGAAGUCACUGUAUCACAGUCAAAUACUGCCAAAAAUCGAUUCAAAAGUGUGGAUAUUACUCCCAUAAAAAAAAACAGAAUCCGUAAUUACGGGCGUGUACUUGAGGAAAUGAAAAACCCUGUACAAUCUGGAAAAUAUGUGAUAACUUCGAUAUACACUUGUGAUUUAAAGGAAGUUGUCACGGUUGACCCGUACAUAAGUCAAACUGGAACGAAAGAAUUUCUGAUUUUAUCACGUAUUCCAAAUGAAUGGAUUUUUCCAUAUUGGGAACAUCCAGCAACUAAGGCUAGAUUUACCAUUCAAAUUAUACACAAACACAGUGAUACAGCUCUUUCGAACAUGCCUACUGAAUAUUGGGGUCCGGUAAUAAAUGCGUUCCGUACANCAUUUUUUACCACACCUCUAAUAUCCACACAGUUGGUUGGAUUUGUUGUUAUACCGAAAGUAUAUAACACAACUAUGACAUCAGGGAUUAACGUUACCAUUAGAAGCAGCUCCAAAAAGAGAAAUGACACAUACUAUGCACAAACUGUUCUUCUAAAUAUCUUCAUAAGUCUCAGAAAGAUGUGGGACAAUAUCAUUCCGCGGUCGCAUGUGUCUUACGUGCUUCUGCCUUUAACCUCUAAUCGUUACGAAAGUAUGAUAACUCCUGGAUUUGUUUUUUUAAGUGAAGUUAACAGUAUAUAUAACAGCAAAGUAGAUUCAAUUCUUAAACAAAAAGAAGUAACAUGUUUUAUAGCACGAAAUGUGAUACAAGAAAUGUUUAGUGAGUGGGUAGCUACAUUUAAUCAGUCGGAUUCUUGGUUUAUCGAAGGAGUUUCAACAGUAUAUGGAGUUUAUAUUUGGGACAAGAAUUUAAUGAAGUCAAUUGUGGUCCAGACACGACGAAACGUUUUGGAUUAUGCAGAAGCAUUUAGUAUAUAUGAGUUUGGAAUUCAAGAAAACUCUUGUACAGCUCGAAAUUCAACUGUUAGUAAAAUGUGGCGAGAAAAGGCAUUUGGCAUCUUUUAUAUGCUUAGUCAUAUCUUCUUUGAAGAAGAUUUCUUAUAUACUUCUAUGUAUAAACAGACCGUAAGCUUAUAUUAUAACACUUCCAAAAUAUCUGAUAACAUAUAUAAGGACUUAUCAAUUCUCGAGAAGUUAUGGUACUGGAAUUUUGAGUCGUCCUUAAAUAAGUUUACGUACUUUCCGAAAGACAUAAAAAGAAUACUAACUGUAUGGACAGCAGAAGUUGGUUAUCCUGUGUUAUAUGUAAAACGAGUCAAUGAUACACAGGUAGCAAUAUCUGUCAUAGACUGUUUUACUGUUGAUCACAAACAGCAGUGCGAACUAAAUUGGUGGAUACCUGUGACUGUUAAAAAAAUUCCACAGACAGCAAAUACUGUCACGUAUAAUGAUAUCCUAACACCAUACAGAAAAUAUAUUCGUGUAUUGCUUUUUAGAAAAAAUGAGUUUGUCAUUGUUGCGGAUUCCACUGCUUUAUUUGUUGUAGGAUAUCGCGUCAAUUAUGACCGUAAAUCUUGGAAGCACAUUGCUCUUUUCUUAAAAAAUGGAGAUUUUAAUAUCGCAAAUGUACAUGACGUUUUUAUAGCACAAAUAGUAGACGAUGCUUUUUAUUUUCUGGUGCAAAAUACAGAAUAUAACGACAAUUCCACUUCAGAUACUAGUGAUUUAGAUAUAUAUCUUGAAAUUGCAAGCAGUAUAUUUCAUGCAAACAAUUCCUACAUAAUGUGGUAUCCAAUAUUUUUUGCUCUUGAAAACAUGUCGAAGAUUUUUCCUUUUCGAGAAAGUGUUCUUUCCAGAAAUAUCAAGGAUAAACUUCUGGUAAUAGUGAAUAGGUUUCUUGAUAAUAUAUCAUAUACACAGUUUCCGGAAAAUAGUGUCAAUAAUCAAUUCUAUCAUGAAGUUUUAAAAUGGACAUGCAUUCUCGGUGAUUUAACAUGCAAAGAACAUGUUAAUGGAAUAUUAGAAUGGCAUUUUAAAAAUCCUGCACAAAACAAACUUUUGUCAAAAUGGCAGAAAUGGAUAUAUUGCCAAGGAUUAAUGUUAGAAACGGUCUCUUAUCAUACAUCUGCUUUAUGGCGAAAUAUUUUCAACAUAUACCAGACACAAGGAAGAGAAGAAGAUUUCUUUGAACUUUUACCUUGCUGUACAAAAUACGAUUAUAUGUAUAAUUUGCUGUCUUUUCUUGAUCGUAAUUCGUUACCAAGACCUGGAAGUAAUUUACGUGUCAAAAAUAGUGACAGGGAACAUAUUGUAAAUGCAAAGAAAAGUGUUACUGUUUCUUUACUUUUCACUAUGUUUGCUUUGCAUUCGAAAAAUUAUUCAGGGCUAGAUAGUAUACAAUUCGGACUAGAACUUGGAAUAGGAAGAGACGUAAACAUACUAGCAAUAAUAAGUUGUAUUAUUAAUAACAUAUACUCCGAUGACGACCUGUCGAUGAUUACUAACGAAGUGUUUUUAAAUAAACUGUCGGAUACACAUUACAUGGAUCCAUAUGUUCUCGAUGCCAUUAAAGAAAAAGUUGAAUAUCGUCGUAAUUUCUUGAGUAAAAUGCAAACUAUAAUCCGUUAUAGACCCCAGUAUGUUUUUAAUUACAAACACAUGAAACUAUAAAGUUUCUGUUUAGUGUUUGUAGCACGUAAACAACCGAUUUUAGUUAAAGGAAUUUAUCAGGCUAAUGUAUCGUCAUUUGUAAGUUUCUUUUGUUU